UAGUUUCUUCCAUUUAGAAGAAAACAUGUUGAUGCUUUAUAUUUGUGUCAAAAAAGUGUGUAUUAUAAAGUGUUUCGUGGUCAAAGUUGGGCUCUCCCUUAACGUGGGCGUCUUACUCCCAGUUUCCCUAUCUGCUACGAGAUUCAACAAAAGUGGUGACAAGACUCCGCCUUGGGGGCAUCCACAAAGACUCAAUUUCCUAAUCGCUGAUUGACGCAAUGUCGAGAAGAGAUGUCGGUUUUCGAGCAUUUGGUAAAUACAAUUGGAAGUCAUUAGAGAUACCUAUACUAUUACUCCGUGCGGCUUUCAAUAUGGCAUCGAAAGUCACUAUGUCAAAAUCACCCUAUCUAAGAAAACACCCAAACAAGAUUGCUUUUGAGUGAAUGCUUUCUCAUUGAAGUACAGCUGAAGCAAAUCUGAGCCCAGAUUCGGAUUCAGCGGACCAAAAUCUGUCAGAGACACAUAAGUUUGCUCUUGAGACAAAAUAAUGUUGCGCUGUGUUAUCAUGUUAUUACAUUUUAUCAAAGAUGAACAAUCUAGUAAAUAUUUUUGAUGAUGUGUUCAAAUUUGCCAUAGUAUGAAAUUCAACCAAAUAAUCCCAGAUAUAGGUUAAAAGAAAAUGUAGCUUCCUGAGCUUUAUACUGAUUAAAACAUAUUCAAAUGCCAAUUAAAGCUUCCAAACAACUUACAAUUCAACCCAGUUCCUUUGAAAUAGACACAAUCUGCUUGUGUAUUUAUAUAACAUCAUCACGCAUUUGAAAUACGUGCGGAAACAUGCGAUUGUUAUAAAAGCCACAAAAAGAAUGAAUUAUGCCAUCAGUUUCGGGUCACCCACCGCUGAAAUUGUUCAUUUUUUGCAUAGGUCGACAAAUUCAGUUUUAAUGAACAUAAUAGUUGCCCUUUUUAUUGUCGCCAUUGCGGCAACUGCGUCGGCCGUUUACUACCCACCAUCGGUUCCCGUAGAUGUUGAGGAGUCACAUUUCGCCUACCAACUGAAGAGCUUCCGACAAGAGCUGGACGAAUGCGCGGAAUACCUUCAAGUCUCACCAGCAUCCGUUGAAAACCUCGUGGCUUACAACUAUGUCACAGAUGAUCCCAGUUUGAAGUGUUUGAUUCGGUGUGCCGGUAUCAACGCUGGAUGGUGGAGUGUUGGAGGAAACAACUCCGGACUGCACGGGCCGGUCAUCGAAAGCUAUUUCGCGCCAGGUUGUGGCGAUACCUGUUAUGUGAAGCGUACUCAGGACUGUGUCAGUGCCAAUAUAGCCCCGUGCCAAGACGAUUGCACGCAAGCUUAUCAGGCAUUCUUGUGCUACUACCACCAAUAUGGUAACCUCAAGAGCUCCGAAGAAUACAUUCCGCUGCCACAGUUGGACGCUGUUCAAGCUGCUGUUGAUUGCAUGCUUAUUUUGCGUACACCGAAGGAAUUGCUUGAGCAAUAUGCUCAGGGAGUGUUUCCGGAAGUUCCUGAAACUCAAUGUCUGUACAGAUGCCAGUAUCUGGCUGAAGGGCUUUAUGAUGGGGUUACUUUCAACUUGACUCGUAAAUACAUUCGCGAGUAUGCUGUGCCUACACCGCAGAUCAAGGACCCAGCAACGCAAGUUUGUGUGGAUUCCGCUCUUGGUGCCCCUAAUUGUAAUGAAUGUGCUCGAUUCUGGACUGGCCAUGCCUGCAUGAAGGAUUAUGGUGUAGCAAACCAUUCGGCUGGAUACUUCCAGGUGGCUGCUGGGCUUGUUCUUGCUCAGAGAACAUGCUUAGAUGAAGACUUGAACCCUCGUUACAAUGCCGGCGGCCCUGCACCACCAGCUCCUACUCCAGCUCCGACGCCAGCUCCUUCCUCAGCUCCGACGCCAGCUCCAGCUCCGGCCCCCACUCCUGGUUGCAUGUACAACUGUGGUUCAUAAUUGUUAAACUUUUGAAACAUAGGAAAUUGUUUGUUUCUAUGAUGUCAACGAUGAUGAUUAAUAAAUAUCUUGUUAUGAAUCCCAAAUGAUAAACUAGUAAUUUAUCCAGCGAUGCCGUUUGAGAAACUUACAUUUUGCAAUUUCUCAUCGUCAACAUCGACAACACUAUUAGCAAAGACAUUAGACGGUGAACGAUAUCCAUGAUUUGUAAGUAUAGAUUCUAAGAUAUUGUACAAAACAACAUUUAAAAUAAACCCUCCCCCCAGUUCCCCUGAAGAAGGCAUCAACAAUUGCCGAAACGUAGGGACGAGUCCUAAAGGGACGUUCUAGAGAACUUUAGACUGCAAAGCCGAACUCCCAUCAUUUCGUUAGAAGUUAUGAUACUUAUAGAUACACUUUUUUUUUUAUAUGUUACGAAAAAUUUCCUGAAU